GGUCGAUGUUUAAAACUCGUGAGAGAGAGAGAGAGAGAGAGAGGCUUUCUCUUUACAGAAAGAGAACAAAAACAAACUAAUCACACGCUUUCCAGCACUUCUCUCGUACCAUAUCCAGCAAUUACAGAUAUUAUUAUUAUUUUUAAAGAAAAAACACUCUAGAGAGAGAGAGAGAGAGAGAGAGAGAGAGAGAGAAAACUGUAGAGAAAGAAAAGGAACAGUGACCGGCUAUGGCGGUUGCUGACCGGCAAAAGAAGACGACGAAGAAUACAGAUAAGAAGGUGUUUAGUUUAUGUCCUUUUUGGCAAAGCGGAACGAACACGUCGUCUUCUUCUUCGUCUUCUACACAGAACCUGACUCAGAGUUAUAACGGUAACGGAAUCAAUAACCGACACGUUGAGGUUAAGAAUACUAGUACUACUAGCAGCUCGAAAACAGUGUCAUCUGUUGCCAGAUCUCUUCUUCCUGCUCGCCGAAGACUCCGUCUUGAUCCUUCUAACAACCUUUACUUUCCUUAUGAGCCAGGAAAACAGGUGAGGACUGCAAUAAGGUUAAAAAACACAAGCAGGUCACACGUGGCUUUCAAGUUUCAAACAACUGCACCAAAGAGUUGUUUCAUGCGUCCUCCAGGUGGCAUCCUGGCGCCAGGAGAGAGCCUUAUUGCGACUGUUUUCAAGUUUGUGGAGCUUCCAGAGAAUAAUGAAAAAGUAAUAGAUCAGAAGAGCAAGGUUAAGUUUAAGAUCAUGAGUUUGAAGGUGAAAGGAGGGAUAGAAUAUGUGCCUGAGUUGUUUGAUGAACAGAAGGAUCAGGUAACAGUUGAGCGGAUAUUGAGGGUUGUGUUUUUGGAUGUGCAGCAACCUAGUCCUGCAUUGGAGAAACUGAAGCGUCAGUUGUCAGAAGCUGAUGCUGCUCUUGAAGCGCAUAAGAAACCUCCACCAGACACAGGGCCUCGGGUAGUAGGGGAAGGUCUUGUAAUAGAUGAAUGGAAAGAGCGGAGAGAAAAGUACCUGGCUCGACAGAAGGUUGAAGCAAUAGACUCAUCCUGAGUGGAGGUAGAGAUUGAGAUUGCUGCGGGGUGCCUUGGGGAGAAGUUGUGGGAUGAACAGUGUGGAGGUCAAAGUUCACAGAUUUGGGCUUUACCCUCCUUGUAAAUAAUGGAUUUUGUUGUACAAGGAAAAUAAAUAAAUAUUGUCAGCUUUAUCUUGUAUAUUUAUAGGAAUGUGGUGCUCAUGUUUGCGCGAGCUUUUUAAGCCUCUGGAGUGGAAGUUGUACUUUACCAAUAAUAUAGUUCAUGGAUUUACUUGAUACCUGUUA